ACAGCACAGAAAUAUAAGCUGUUCACAAGCAGGCAUGUUGCCAAUACUUUGGUGGAGAACACUUUGUUUUAGUUGCUGUUUGGCCUAAAAUUGGUUUAAUCUCCUUUUCACCACCCUUUAGAGUGAAAUUCACCCAAAGCCACAGUAUGAUUUAGAAGUUGUGAGAACUUCCUCAUGAGUUUCUGGAGGCAGUGUGGGAGAUUUGUUUGUUCAGAUAAGUUACCAAGUAAUCAAAGCGAGGCCCAGUUCACCCACAAAAAAUGUCAAUAUGUAUGUCUCAGUUUGUGCGAUGAAGAUGGUCUCUAUAAAUACUUCUUCUGUAAGUUUGUAUUAUGUUGCAAAGGUAAAACACACUUAGACUUGCACUGGAAACUUUGGUAUUUCGUAACAUAUUAAAACAGAAGCGUGUGCUGGAUGGUCGUAGAAAACAUGUGGGUGGUCAGGAAGUGGUGAACUUGUGACAAGUGAAAUGAGCCCCUGCAGUAGCUACAGGAGUUUAUUUGAAUAGUUUCAGGUGACGAACACGUAAAGCCUAAUGGACGGACUGAGCUAUCUCAUGAUGUUUUGCUGCUUUGCAUUUGUCUGCAGUCAUGGAAGAGUUUCAGACUUGGCUGCGUCAUGUGAAGUUAUGGCCUUGGUCCGGAGACACACGACAUGGAAAGCCGCCCCACAACAAAGUCUGACAGUCAGAUGUCCUGUCAAACACUGUGGACGAACAAUAAAUAUCACCUGGUGUAAAGACGUCCAGUCAAACCGCUGUGAACAGCUUAAUGAAACAGAGAACGUAGAACUAAGUCAGAAUCACAAUCAAGCUAACGAUGAGCUAGAAUCUUAUUUGAGUUUCAAGCAGAUUUCCAUUUAUGAUGACGGCCUCUACAGAUGUAAAUUAAAUGGAGACAAACUUGGAAUAUUCAGUCAUUUCAUCAACAUCUCUGUUUCAGACAAAUACCAGGGGGUUGAAAUGUCGAAAUUUGAAGGAGCCAAGUUACCGAGCGCUGAUGGUGAGGAUGAUUAUUCCUGGCUGCCGUAUUUCUGCAUCACUGUGAGCAUACUUCUCCUGAUUGUCACUCUGCCAGUGAUAACGAUGCUGAGAUUUUACGGCUGGAGGCGAAUACUGACCAUCAGCCACACAAAAGGAGAGGAGAUGCCCACUCAUAUGAUACCAAGCCUCCCCAAAUGGACCCAUUCUUCCUCUCCUGUCCUACACAGCUGUGUCUUUACUGUGAAUGACAUCUACUCUUCAGCUACUCCAGAAAUACUAAAAUCACCACCUGACCUGUCACCCACUGCAGAUCAGACCACUGUUUCAAACACAGCAGAUAAAAGCCAGCUGCCACCUGAUCCAGUGUACGCUGUUAUCAAUCAUAGGCAGCCUGGGAUGGCUGACAGAAAACAGAAUGCAGCGCCAAAGGAAGAUAAAAACCCGCAAUAUGCUGUUGUCAAAGUUCCCUGAAGGUUUUUGAACUGUCACAGACUCUCACAGAUGAAAUGAUGGAAAAAAAGUUGACAAGUAUGUGUCGGUGUCGUGGAACAAGGAGACGAUUAGACAUCAACCACGCUGCAGACCGAGGCGAACGGAGGAGGCUUGUGGUCAUGUAGAUACACAGUGUGACAUAAGUUAGCACUAUAGACCAGAAGCAGGAAUGUAGUUAUUCUCUCACACUCAGAUCGGUGAAUUACAGUCCUUUUCCAAUUCCUUUCUGUUUCUUUUAGUGUGCAUUUGCAUGACUAGGAUGGCUUUUUUGACUUCGGUAGCUCUUUAAAAAAAAUGGUUAAGUAGAUGUGUCAUGUACAGAUUUACGUGAACACAUGUUGUACAUUUUCCUUCCAUCUUUGGUAUAUGAAAAUGGAACUUUGAGCAGAUAUCUUGUGUUGUGAAUAAAAGCAUAUUUUAUAAUC